AACAAUGUGUAGACUGGACCUAGUCUCAGAUCAAUCUCAAACCAACCAUCUCAGCUAUGUGCCGAUUUUUGUUUUCUGUUUGCACAUUUGGACUUUUCUUUGAAUGUUUCAGUCACCAUGUUUCUGCCAGAUUUACUGAUGAAUCAUCAAGCAACAGGGCUAAUGCAUCUUCGAGACACACCAGAGGAGCCGAUACCCCCUCUCCUAUCGACUGUAAACUCAAGAGCUGGACGGCCUGGUCACCCUGUAACACAUGUAGCGACAGGACGUUUCGCUUCCAGUACUUGGAACGGCCGUCUCAGUUUGGCGGUCAGCAGUGUGUUCACAGUCAGUGGGACGAAAGACAGUGUCCACAAGAGGACGAGUGCCAACUCCAAGAGGACCACUGUGGGGACAUGUUUGCUUGUGAGCCCGCUGGACGUUGUAUUGGACAGCCGCUCCGUUGCAAUGAUGAAAUAGACUGUGUAAAUCAGAAAGAUGAGAUGGACUGUGAAGUGUUGAAUAGAAGAGAAACCAAGUGUACCGACAUCCUGAUCAUACCAGGAGCGGAAAAAGCCACCCGAGGAUAUAAUGCUUUAACGGGAGAAUUUAUGAAGAAUGUUCUGGACCCAAGAUACUUUGGAGGUGUUUGUGAAUACAUCUAUAAUGGAGAAUGGCGGAAACUCACGUAUGAUCCUUUCUGUGAACACCUCAGUUAUGAUGAUGCUGAAAAAUAUUACCGGAAACCACACAACUUCCUCACAUAUCAGAUCAUGGCACAAGCAACUUCCGAGGAAGCCUCGGACUAUCAUGAGGAUGCUGUCAGCUUUCUCAGAGCAAGUCAGACACAAGGAUCCUUCAGCUUCAGUAAAUCAAACCAAGUCUCUUUUGUGGAAGUUGGUCGGGAAGUUAGUAGCCAUUUCAAGUUUCUCACCAACAUAUCCCAAUACAAUAACAAGGAGAUGGGUUUUGUCAGGCUGUUGUCAACAGUGCAAACGGCCCAGUUUAAGAUGAGAAGCAGAGACUUAACUCUGGAUGAGGACAUGCUCUGGGCUCUGGGGGAUCUGCCAGAUCAGUACAAUUUUGGUGCAUAUUCCAAUUUCUUCAAUGAAUAUGGUACACACUAUGUCACAGAGGGAACCAUGGGUGGGGUCCUUGAUUAUGUUGCUGUGGUGAACAAGAAUGCCAUGAAAAGAAGUGAAAAAACUGCGCUAGAGAUUGGAGCGUGCCUUGGUGGUUCCUUGGGCCUGACAUUGGACAAUAGGGUCAAAAUUACAAUGGGAAAACUAAAAUUCUGUGAAAAAGUUGGAACAAUGGAUGAGGUUCGUGAUCAGUCCAACAGUGCUAUUGAGGAUGUCUUGGGCUUUGUGAAGGGUGGAGACACAGGCUCCAGCAUUGGAAGUUUGGAUAUCAGAGAUGCCAAAAGUUACAAGGAUUGGGGCAAGAGUCUCAAAUAUAACCCUGCGCUAAUUGAGUUUGAGAUUGCACCAAUAUAUGAGUUGGUACGCUUAAGCACAUCAGCCGAGCAGCUGCGCGCGAAGUUGCCCCACCUGAAGAUGGCAUUGGAAGAGUAUAUGGAGAACUUCAACCCGUGCCGCUGUGCCCCCUGCUUGAAUAACGGCAUCCCCAUGCUCUCCAGGACAGAGUGCAGUUGUAUAUGUAAAAGUGGAUACAGAGGUAAAGCCUGUGAGGAGACUGAGAGAAAAGGUCCCACACAUGGAGUCUGGAGCUGCUGGAGCCACUGGUCCCCGUGUGUGUCUGGAGUAAAGACACGGACGCGAGAAUGCAACAAUCCCGCGCCAAAAGACGGAGGUCUGCCUUGUCAAGGAAGCAGUCAUCAGAAGAGAAGUUGUUAACAAUCUGACAGUGUUCUUACAACAUCACACCUGUGGGCAUUAAAGAUUGAGUCUGUUCAUUUUGGUAACUUAAAUGACGAUUUUGGAUUUACCUUUACUACCUAAUGUUGUAAUCUAGUUCAAAUAUGAUACUUUUUAAUGAUAUUGAGUGCUGGCUUGUGGCCCAUCAUGUUCCCCUUUCUCCUUUUAUAUUGUUUAUCAUGAUACUGUCCUAUCAACAUAAGGCAGAUUUUUUUUUAAUUGUUACAUUUUAAGUAAAAGUUUGCCUAAAAAUGUUAUGUGAUCAAUUGUAAUAAGGUUUGUGAGAAGUGUUUGAGAUUUGAAAGCAAAAAAUACCAGCUGAAAUUUCUGAAGCUGGGAACAUUUAUGGUGUUUUUGGAACUUGACAGCUCCAGUUCUUAUUUAAAGGCACUAAAAUUUACUUUUUUUUUUCAUCUUGCAUUUUAGAGUUUCGAUAAUGACCAAAUUCAGACAUACAAAGAACACAAAGCAUCAGUUAAAUUUGACUAAAACAUCAUGUCUGUGUUUAUAAUUUUUCAUGAAUAUAGGAAAGAUAAUAAAUUCAGUCCAAACCUCUGA